AUGGGAAAAUAUCCGUUUAUUUUUGUCUUUGUCGUUCAUAUAAAAGAAUCAGCAAUCACGAGGAUACACUACACUUCCUUCUUGGGCGUCUCGAGUAAAGGUGAUCAUUUUAUAGUCUAUCUAUCUAUCUAUCUAUCUAUCUAUCUAUCUAUCUAUCUAUCACAGUCUUUUCAUUAUCUAUCUAUCUAUCUAUCUAUCUAUCUAUCUAUCUAUCUAUCUAUCUAUCAUACGAACAAUCAGUUCAACCAUUUUUCUUUUCAACUUACCCUUUUCAUCACUUUUCUUUCACGUUAUCUUGUUUUUCUAUUCUUCUUUGUCGUGGUAAUCUACCUUUCCUUUCUUUUUUAUUCCUCUAUAUAUAUCCUAGAUGAACUAACUCUAAUAGGUUCUUCUUAUUGUUUUUCUUUUUCAUUUCUUACUUUUUCUUUCUUUCUUUCUUUCUUUCUUUCUUUCUUUCUUUCUUUCUUUCUUUCUUCUUCUUUUUUCCGUGCCGCUUGCUUCCUUUCCAUUUUGCCAAUUCUUCGUUUCUUUUCCCUUUUUCAUUUCUUUCUUUCUUUCUUUCUUUCUUUCUUUCUUUCUUUCUUUCUUUCUUUGCUCCUUGCUUCGUUUCCAUCUUCCAGGCUUCUUUUUCUUUUCCAUUUUUUCUUCUUGAUCAUUCUUCGCUUCUUAUUUUCUUCUCUUUUCCACUCUUGCCUCUUUUUCUUUUUUUCUAAUAGAUUCUCCGCUUUUUUUCUUUUUUUCAUUUCUUACUUUUUCUUUCUUUCUUUACAGUUUCUUCUUCUACUUCUUAGAAACUUACUCAUUACAAGUUUACAAAAAAACCUGAUCUAUCUAUCUAUCUAUCUAUCUAUCUAUCUAUCUAUCUAUCUAUCUAUCUAUCUAUCACCACCCACUCCGAAUAAAACCGUAAAAAGUGGCAUAUUAGUGCUGGCUGGUGUCAUAUUCAUGUUAUAUCUAUCUAUCUAUCUAUCUAUCUAUCUAUCUAUCUAUCUAUCUAUCUAUCUAUCUAUCUAUCUAUCUAUCUUUCCCUGA